GACACUGUCCCGUUGAAUGGUCUCCCUUUAGAACUGGACAGUAAAAUAAAGUUCCAACAGGUCAGAAGAGUGAUGACCAUCCUGUUCCUUACUAUGGUUAUUUCAUACUUCAGUUGCAUGAGAGCUGCGCCCAUGAGAGAGGUGCCGGGCGUUGUGGGGGGCCACCGAGCUGAGGGCUACCUGGGGGCCGCCCGGGGCCACGGGACUCCACCGAGCAGGGCAGCACUGCCCUCGCUCACGGACACGUUCGAGCAGGUGAUCGAGGAGCUACUGGAAGUGGAGGGGGAGGCAGCGCAGGGCCAGGGAGGGGGGGGUCCCGGCAACGCAGCCACAGCCACGGCCGAGUCAAAGGACGUCGACACGUACGCGUCACGUGUGAUGAUCAGCAACCAAGUGCCUUUGGAGCCGCCGCUGCUCUUUCUCUUGGAGGAAUACAAAAACUACCUGGACGCCGCCAACAUGUCGAUGCGGGUGCGGCGCCACUCGGACCCGGCGCGGCGUGGCGAGCUCAGCGUGUGCGACAGUAUUAGCCAGUGGGUGACGGCCGUGGACAAAAAGACGGCUAUCGACAUGUCUGGCCAGACCGUCACCGUGCUGGAGAAGGUCCCGGUGGCCAACGGGCAGCUGAAGCAAUACUUUUACGAGACCAAAUGCAACCCGCUGGGUUACACGAAGGAGGGCUGCCGAGGAAUAGAUAAGCGGCACUAUAACUCGCAAUGCCGGACAACCCAAUCGUACGUGCGAGCCCUCACCAUGGAUAGCAAACGGAAGAUCGGCUGGAGGUUUAUACGGAUAGACACUUCGUGUGUAUGCACAUUGACCAUUAAGAGGGGGAGAUAGUGUACACAAUGUAUAGAUUUUAUUGAGAGUUCUAACAAGAGAGAAAGAAAAAGAGUAAAUAUCUAUUUGUAUAUAUACAUAACAGGGUAAAUUAUUCCGUCAGAUGAAAAUUUUAUGGACUGCAUGUAAAAAAGAUGAAGUUUAUACAGUAAAGUGAUACUACAGUCUAUUUAUUGAACAUAUUCAUGACCUUGUAAACAAUUAAAAAAAGAUCUGAUCAGUCAUUUGCUCCCAGUUCAAAUUACUAUAUCACAUUCCGCAAGAUGUUGUGGUUUCUUUACGUUGCCAAGAACUCAACAGAUGAG